AUGAAACAGUGUCUGUCUAUCUAUCUAUCUAUCUAUCUAUCUAUCUCAGUCCUUUUCAUAUCUAUCUAUCUCAGUCUGUUCAUGUGCCUGUCUGUCUGUCUGUCUGUCUAUCUAUCUAUCUAUCUAUCUAUCUAUCUAUCUAUCUAUCUAUCUAUCUAUCUCAGUCCUUUUCAUAUCUAUCUAUCUAUCUAUCUAUCUCAGUCCUUUUCAUAUCUAUCUAUCUAUCUAUCUAUCUAUCUAUCUCAGUCCUUUUCAUAUCUAUCUCAGUUUGUUCAUGUGCCUGUCUGUCUGUCUAUCUAUCUAUCUAUCUAUCUAUCUAUCUAUCUAUCUAUCUCAGUCCUUUUCAUUAUCUAUCUAUCUAUCUAUCUAUCUAUCUAUCUAUCUAUCUAUCUCAGUCUGUUAAUUUAUCUAUCUAUCUAUCUAUCAGUCGGAUCAUUCUCCCCCCCUCUCUCUCUAAGGAAGCUAAGAAUUUUCAUAUUUUCUAUAACGUUUUUUCCCCUCUCUCUCUCUUCUAAAUUCGGACUCGCUAUCAUAAAUUCGUUGAUUUCGAAAAGGCGCAACACAAUCUUACUUUCUUUGUUUUUGUUUUCUCUCUCUCUUUCUCUCUCUCUCGCUCUCUCUUUUUCUUUCUCUCUUUCUUUUUCUCUCUCUAUCUUUCUCUCUCUCUUUCUUUCUCUUUCUCUCGCUCUCUUUCUUUCUCUCUUUCUUUUUCUCUCUCUAUCUUUCUCUCUCUCUUUCUCUCGAUCUCUUUCUUUCUCUCUUUCUUUUUCUCUCUCUAUCUUUCUCUCUCUCUUUCUUUCUCUUUCUCUCGCUCUCUUUCUUUCUUUUUCUCUCUCUAUCUUUCUCUCUCUCUUUCUUUCUCUUUCUCUCGCUCUCUUUCUCUCGCUCUCUUUCUCUCUCUCUCUUUCUCUCUCUUUCUCUCUCUUUCUCUCUCUCUUUCUCACUUUAUCUCUCUCUCUCUUUCUUUCUCUCGCUCUCUCUCUUUCUCUCGCUCUCUUUUUCUCUCUAUCUCUCUCUCACUUUAUCUCUCUCUCUCACUUUCUCUCUCUCUCUCUCCUAAUUUGA